CCCCCCGCCCCCGGUAACGUGCCAUAUCCCUGGGUUGCCCGAUGGGAUGAGCGUGACCAGCGCUGGUUCUUUCAAAACGAACAGACGGGCCAGACUUCCCGGGAGCACCCGGGUUAUUCGCAGGGUGCUCCUCCCGCUUCGCAGGGCCAGUACUAUGGUGGUGGUGGUGGUGGUGGUGCUCCGGCCCCGGGAGGGUAUUACAAUGAACAGCAGCAGCAGCACCACCACCACCAGCACCACCAGCAGCAGCAGGAGCAGGAGCGGGCCCCGAAGAAGGAUAGGAAGAUGUUAUAUGCUGCUGGGGGGUUGGCGGCCGGAGCGAUCGGAGGAGCGAUGUUGAUGCAUAAGGGGGAGGAGAUUCAUGAUGAUUUUGAACGGGAUAAGUAUAGAUUUGAAGAUGGAGUUGAGGAUAUUCCUGAGGAUGCGGCGCGGUGGACUGGGGAGGCGGUCGGUGGUGUCGAGUACGGAGUUGAUCGGGUCGAAAACAAGGUCGAGCAUGCCGUGGAUGAUGUGGAAGAUUUCCCUGAGAAUGCGGCCGAAUGGGUUGGAGACAAGGUGGGCGAUGUUGAGCGGUUUGGAGACAAUGUGGACAAUGCGUAUGAUUAUGGCGUUGAGGAGGGGAGGGAUAGAUGGUGA